AUGUUACGAAAUCGAUCAAAAACCUUCCUGAUCGGUGCGACGGUUUGGGCUGGAUAUCUGGCCCUCACAGUCUCAACCGCCGACGCCUUCUGGCACCGGCAUGGUAGUAGUGGAUCUUGGGGCUCCAGCGGCGGUUCGUCCGGCAGCUGGGGUGGAAGCAGCGGUAGCUGGGGAUCCAGCGGCGGAUCCAGCGGUAGCUGGGGUUCGAGCGGUGGUUCGUCCGGUAGCUGGGGAUCCAGCGGUGGAUCGUCUGGCGGACAUCGUUGGCACCAUCGUCGUGCCUGGCGUCACUCCAGCGGUGGAUCGUCUGGAAGCUGGGGAUCCAGCGGCAGCAGCGGAAGCUAUGGCUCCAGCGGCGGUUCGUCCGGUAGCUGGGGAUCGAGCGGUGGCUCGUCCGGCGGAUCUUCGGGUGGUGUAAUCAUCGAAUCGCACGAAGCUCAAAGCCCCUCGGAUGCCCCUUCGGCUCCGGCACCUGCCGAUGGCGACAUGACCUACCGUCCGUCGAACGACGGCAUCAUGCUCACCGUCAACGUUCCGGCUGGCGCGAAGAUCAAGGUGAAUGGCCUCGAAACCACCAGCACUGGUGAAGUACGUCGCUACAUCUCUCGCGGCCUGGAAGACGGCUACACCUACAACUACGAAGUUGAAGCCACCAUCACCCGCGAUGGCAAAGAAGUGACCGAAACCAAGUCGGCUCGCGUUCAAGCUGGCCAAUCGGUCGCCAUGGAUUUCGACUUCAGCGAUUCGAGCGAACUCAACGCCAAGAAGGAAGAAAAGAAGCCGACGAAGCUCACGCUGAUCGUGCCUUCGGACGCCAAGGUCUUCCUCGCCGGCCACGAGACCAAGUCGAAGGGUCGCGUGCGUGAGUUCAGCACCACGAAACUCAGCAGCGAAUGGGCCGACUACCCGGUCCGCGUUGAGUUCACUGUGGAUGGUGAAACCAUGGUGAAGGAAGAAGUCGUCUCGCUGCAAGCCGGCGAUAGCCGCGAACUGCAAUUCGACUUCGAACCGGCCAAGAUCGCCCAGGCGAACACUGUGUUCGAAGCUCCAAUUACGUUGGCUCCAAAAUGGCGGGCGUUGAUUAGCGUGCUCGUUGUCUUGCACGUGGCUGCAAUCUUCAGCGCACCCUAUGCAUUGCCACCGACACCGGCCAUCGCCACGCGGAUGUGGGAGUUCUUUCGGCCUUACCUACAAGCGUGUUACCUGAACCAUGGGUAUGCGUUCUUCUCACCCGAUCCCGGGCCCAGUCAUUUGAUUCGCUACGAGAUUGAACUUCCCGACGGGAAGCAGGUUGAAGGGAUCUUCCCCAACCUGGAAGAACACCAGCCGCGGUUGUUAUACCACCGGCACUUCAUGAUGUCGGAGUUCCUCACCACCGCGCCGCGAAACUCGGAAGGGCGGAAGGCUUACCUGAAAUCGUAUGCUCAGCAUCUGCUGCACGAACACAACGCUGAGAAAGUAACCCUGUACUUCGUCACCCACCUCUUGCCAGGUCCACUGCAGGUGAAUGACGGGAUGCGGCUAAACCAUCGCAGCCUAUAUGAGGAACAACGCGAGAUAACGCUGGCGGCCGAUGGCACCGUUGACUACCCGCCGGAAGCCAUGCGAUCGGAGCCCGAGCCCGAGUUCAUUCCACUGCAGGGCACACCGGUUCCCGAUCCGAUCAGUGGUCCAGGUCUGGGACAAAUGAUGUCGCCAGCCAUGCAAGGACUCAUCCGCAUCCUUGGUGGUGCGAUGUUGUUCUACACGCACUUUGUCUGGGCGCUCGACCUGGAAGCCUUCUUUGGCGAGCAACCGUGGCUCACACACGAAGCCGUCACCUAUCGCGAGGCGGGUAAUUAUGCGUGGAGCUACUUGUGGCUAAUCCACUCAUCGACUGUGUUGUGGAUCGCCCACUUUGCGGCUCUCGUGGUCUUUGCCUGCCUCACCGUGGGGCUGUUCACUCGAGUGACUUCAAUCCUGGCUUUCGUAAUUGCGGUGGCCUACGCCAAUCGCCUGACCGGAGCUUUGUUCGGACUCGACCAGAUUAAUGUCAUGCUGGCGUUGUACAUCAUGGUUGGCCCGAGCGGGGCGGCUUAUUCGCUCGACCGGCUUAUCGCCCGACGGCGGGAAGGCAACCUGGCAGUGCUUCCUCGCACCGGAGCCACCGUGGCGAUUCGGUUAUUGCAACUUCACAUGUGCAUCAUCUAUCUCUUCGCCGGCAUGGCCAAGAACGGCAUGUUCUGGGAAGAGGGCACCGCAAUCUGGUUCUCGGUGGCCAACCUUGAAUACCAGUCGAUGGAUCUGACCUGGAUGUCCAACCAUCCGUACCUGGUGAACUUUUUCACACUCGCUACGGUGUGGUGGGAGCGAAGCUACAUCGCACUGGUGUGGCCCCGGUUCACCCGGCCAAUCGUGAUCAUGAUUGCAGUGGCCAUGCACCUGGGUAUCGCCUUUGGAAUGGGCAUGAUCACCUUUGGACUGGCCAUGAUCUUUGGCAAUAUGGCCUUCGUUUCACCGCGACUGGUUCGAGCCGUGGUCGACCCAACCUUGGGCCGUCUUGAAUCCCUCACUGGACUGACCAGCACCCAGAAUUCGAACGCGACCGAAGCUCCAACGGAACCCGAGAAGCAGCAAACCACCGGCAAGAGAAGUCGGAAAUCACGCAAGCCCACGAACAAAGUCGCCGAACCCAACGCCUUAGCCAAUCCGAGGGGACGGGCUCCCCAAGCUGAACCAGUUUGGCACUUGAUGUGCGCCGUCGGGACGUUGAUUCUACGCUUGCUCGAAGAACGGGAUUUCCCCUACGAGAACAUUAAACUGCUGGCCUCCCAGCGUUCAGCAGGCAAGAAGCUCACGUUCGCCGGCAAAGAACACGAUGUCGAGUUGCUCUGCCCGGAAGCCUUUGAAGGAGUCGACCUGGUCAUCGGCAGCACUCCCGACGAAGUGGCCGCCGAGUUCGCUCCUUGGGCAGUCGAGCGAGGCUGUGUCGUGGUCGACGAAAGUGGUUAUUGGCGUAUGGACCCCAAGGUACCACUGGUUGUGCCGGAAGUGAACCCCGAGGCCGCCGAAUCGCAUCAAGGCAUCAUUGCCAGCCCCAACUGCUCGACCACCCAGAUGGUCGUCGCGCUCAAGCCACUCCACGAUGCGGCCCGACUGCGUCGCGUACUGGUGAGCACCUAUCAAGCCACCAGUGGCGCCGGGCUAGGAGGCUCUCGCGAUUUGAAGGAUGGUAGCCGGAAGCAUCUGGCCGGCGAACAACAUCAAUACGAAGCGUUCGCCCAUCCGAUCGCCUUCAACGUGAUCCCUCAAAUUGGUUCGCCCAAGCACGAGGGCUACACCUCGGAAGAAAUGAAGAUGGUUCACGAGACCCAUAAAAUCUUGGGCGACGAUUCGAUCGGCAUCUGUCCCACUUGCGUUCGCGUUCCGGUGGCCAACUGCCAUAGCGAAACGAUUGUCGUCGAUACCGAACGCAAGCUUAGCGUGGCCGAAGCCCGCGAACUGUUUGAAGCAAUGCCGGGAAUCUCCGUUGUCGAUGACCUCGAUGCGAAGCAAUACCCCAUGCCGAUCAACAGCGACGACCGCGACGAAGUCUUCAUUGGCCGCAUCCGCGAAGAUCUCUCCAGCCCCAACGGCCUGGCUUUCUGGUGCGUGAGCGACAACCUUCGCAAGGGGGCUGCCACCAACGCAGUCCAAAUUGCCGAACUGCUCAUCCGCAGCCGCGCUGCAGCCACCUAA